AAAGCAAAACAUUUAUUUGCAUGUAGUUUUAUAUUUAGGAGUGAAACCAGCUAAAAGUGAAGUGUAUGCUCAACUGUAAGAAUUACCGAAUCAAAUUUGCUCAUCAGAGGCACUUCUCAUGCUUUCUAGUUUAUACUUUCAAAGAAAAUAAAAUCUGGAGGAGACAGACUAGGUGUGUAUCAGGGAAUGUAAGUUUUCAUUGUGAUUAAAUUUAGAAAUACUUAACAAAUCCCAACUCUUCAUUAUCACAAGUCUGUCUAAAUUAUCUGCUCCUCUAGGUAUCUAUAAAAGUGAUUAUUGAUUUGCCCCCUUUCUCUAGGUAAACACACACACACACACACACACACACACACACACUGUAUAUUUGCCUGGUUAUGGCUAAAUUGACCUGGUUGACAGAGGGGGAGAUAUAAAUAUAUUGGUGUAAAAGGACAAAUAAGAGAUAAGACUAUGUAUUUAUUGCCCAUUUAUGUAAUUACAUGUGUCACUAAGGACAAAGGUCCUUAAAGACAAAAGGCAGAGUAGAAACAGUUCCCUACAGUAAGAUAGAUUUGUUACCACUUCCCUAUUCAUAAGGUUGUUUUUUUUUUUUUUCCUGCAUGGUCCCAUAGCCUGGUCUUACAAUCAUUUGGAGAAUUUAACCAUCUUUCUGGACACAAUUUGUUGGCAGAAGAUAUGCUUCACUCCAAUAAAAAGAAAAUGAAGAGUUUUCAAGAGCAUUCAUAGGCGUCAAGUCCAGAGGACGAGCACUUAGUUCCUGAGGUCUGAGAACCCUUGUUCUGUGAGGAAGCAUUACUGGGACCGCGGCACCAUGGAUGUGGUGGGGGAAAACGAGGCCCUGCAGCAGUUCUUUGAAGCUCACGGGACCAGUGACAGUCUGGGGAACCCGACGCUGGAUACAAGUCUGCUGGAGGAAUUCUUGGGCAAUGAUUUCGAUCUGGGGGCCUUGCAAGGGCAGCUUCCGGAUACUCCACCUUAUUCUGCGUCAGACUCCUGUUCUCCUCCGCAGAUCAAAGGUGCAUGCUGCCCAGCGGUGAGACCUGCAGCCGGGAGGACUCCAGCUACUUUUCUCCACUCCGCGGCUGCACCUGACUCGCUGCCUGCGCAGCUGCCGCAGAGCUCGCGUGAAAUGAGCAACUCUGCCCGCACCCACAGCGGCGUCCACAACUGCUAUCCAGGCUCCGGUCAUCUUACGACCCCCCCGGACCAUUGCGUGUCCUGCCGUCCGGGGAUAAGCCGUUCUUACCAUCAGCAGCCUCUGUGCCACAGCCCUGGAGCCUCGUUGCCACCAACCAAGAAGAGGAAGUGCACACAGGCGCUGGAGGACUCCGGGGACCAUCAAGUGUGGGCCCACCGCUCCAGACCAAUGACAAAUAGGAGUCACAGCAGUGAAGUGCAAGACUACGACGGUGAGGGACAGAACAUGAUGCCUGUGGACCAGUGUUCUCCUACUCUGAAGUGGCAGCCGUAUCAAAGUGUUCCUUGGCACAGUUUGUUAAAUGGUCAUUACGAGAAACUACCUGAUGUCGGUUAUCGAGUUAUCACAGACAAAGGAUUUAAUUUUUCACCAGUAGAUGAAGCUUUUGUUUGCCAAAAGAAAAACCAUUUUCAGAUAACCAUCCAUAUCCAAGUUUGGGGAAGUCCAAAAUUUGUCCAAACCCAAAUGGGCCUAAAGCCAAUAGAAAUGUUUUACUUGAAAGCUUUUGGGGUUAAGGUAGAAGCUACCAGUCAAAUAAUUGCUAUUGAACAAUCCCAAGCAGAUAGAAGCAAAAAGAUUUUCAAUCCUGUUAAAAUCGACCUGCUGGCCGACCAGGUCACCAAAAUUACGUUGGGCCGGUUACACUUCAGCGAAACUACAGCAAAUAACAUGAGGAAGAAGGGAAAACCAAAUCCUGACCAGAGGUACUUCAUGUUGGUGGUUGGACUGUAUGCUGCUAACCAAGACCAGUUCUAUCUAUUGUCUGCCCACAUCUCUGAACGGAUCAUUGUAAGGGCCUCUAACCCUGGGCAGUUUGAAAAUGACAGUGAUGCAUUAUGGCAGCGAGGACAAGUUCCAGAAUCUGUUGUUUGUCAUGGUCGAGUGGGAAUCAAUACAGAUGCGCCGGAUGAGGCCCUGGUCGUCUGUGGCAACAUGAAAGUGAUGGGGACAAUUAUGCAUCCCUCUGACAGCAGGGCAAAGCACAAUAUCCAGGAGGUUGACACAAAUGAGCAGCUGAGACGAAUAGCCCAAAUGAGGAUUGUUGAAUAUGACUACAAACCAGAGUUCGCAUCUUCAAUGGGAAUAAACACUGCCCAUCAAACAGGAAUGAUCGCCCAGGAGGUACGAGAGAUCCUGCCCAGAGCUGUAAAAGAGGUCGGUAAUGUCACCUGUGAAAAUGGGGAGACACUGGAGAACUUCCUCAUGGUCGAUAAGGACCAGAUCUUUAUGGAAAAUGUGGGCGCAGUGAAGCAGCUCUGCAAACUAACAAACAACCUUGAAGAAAGAAUAGAAGAGUUAGAAAUAUGGAACAGAAAGCUGGCCAGGCUAAAGCGGCUCAGUAGUUUGAAGUCUUCAGCCAGUGAAGCAAGCUCCAUCAGCAAAUUUAGCAGAGCUGUUAGUGCAUCUUCUCCAAGAAAGGCCAUUCCCAAAAAAACCAACAAGGUUUAUUUUUCAGGAAAAAAACAAUUGUGUCCUAACUGGAUUUUCCAGACCUUGGUUAUAACUCUCAUUGCUGUGAUGGCCUUUUGCUUAAAAGAUCAAGACCGACAUGCCCCAAAUCUCUCUCUGAGCAACAUCACAAGCUCUCAGGAGCCAGCCCUGCCACCCACAGCCUCCCCCUCAGCACCUAAUACAUCUCUGGCAACCACACAGUCCUCCUUCCGAGUGCCAGAAAUCACUUUCUGUGAGAUUCUGCCUUGUCAGGAGACUUACUGCUGCCCCAUCUGGGGAAAGAGAAGAGUCCUCUCAAGUCUUGUGCAAAGGCGUUCCAAGGAGGAAUUCCAUCAGAGGCCGUGGGCAGAAGACAGAAGCAUGUCAUUCCUGGCAAGAGAUGCGCUAACCAGCCCUGACUGGGGGACUGACUGGAUUGACACAACCAUUAGUUCUAUUCAGAUUAUGGAAAUCCAGCAAGUAAUAGAUCAUCGGUAUUGCAAUGGAGACCACCAGUGCGGCUCUGGAAACUACAAUUACAAUAUUCCUGUUAAUAAGCACACACCUGCCAAUGUCAAAUUCUCUCUGGAAAUCAACACAACAGAACCAUUGAUAGUCUUCCAAUGCAAUUUCACCCUUGGAAAUAUAUGUUUCCAUAGUAAAAGGGAAGCCAAAGGGAUACAAAGCCACCAAGAGGUCUCCCAGGAGAUGACACAGGGCUAUCAGCACAUUUGGAGCCUCCCUGUAGCCCCAUUCUUUGACAGCACAUACCACUUCCGUGUAGCUGCACCGGAUUUAGCUGACUGUUCAACGGAUCCUUAUUUUGCUGGGAUAUUCUUUACAGAUUACUUCUUUUACUUCUAUCGGCACUGUGUCUGAUGUAUUCGAAUUUGGUUGAGGACUUUGCCAAGGAAAAAUACUCAAAAAUACGGCGAACAGAAACAUAACCUCUUGCAAUCUCUUUCUUCUCUUUGUAAAACAUUCACAUUUAUUGCCGUAGGGCUUUUUCAAGCUUUGGCUUCUGACAGUUUUGAGACGUUAAUGAGGAGAAUAAAGUGUUUGCCGCAACUUGAGAUAGCGUGGUUUUUUAUUUUCGGGUGAUUAUGAAGAAAACUCUUCCUGGAGUAAACAGCACUGUUGGGCUUGAAAAUACUGCUUCUGGUAUUAAGGAAUCUGUGAGGCCAAAGACGCAGGUCAGAGUCUACUUUAUGUUAUGUAUUUCUUACUGUAGCUUUCGAGAAAAACAAAAAGGCCCGUUUCUGCCAACGUGGGCCCACUAAACACAGA